AUGUUUGGGAAAUACAUUUCCCGUAAUAGAAUAUUCCAUUUCCAUCCAGUCAGACGUGGUUUUCUUUUUUUUCCGGUCUUAAUGGUAUGUCAUUUCGUUAAUUUCGAACUGCAUUGUACGCAUUGGAUCAUAGACUACAUUGGUCUCUGUUGUCUUGGAUUUUGGGUGCUUGUGGCCAUUGGAGUGUUGUUUUGCGGAUGGUUUGGUAUUCGCCCAAGGAGAAUCAUUCGUCCAUCUGCUGAGUCACAAAUGCUAAGAAGGCUUUCCAGAUCGAGAAGUUCAAAGAGAGAAUCUGGUAGUGUACGCAACACCUACGCAUUCGACUUCAUUUAUUCAGAAUCGUUUGAGAUGGCUGACUUCGUGCAUUGCAAUUGUUGUUAUAUUCUGCCGUCUGCUCCCACAAAUCCGAAAUAUUUCCUAACGAGCUGCUACCACCUACUUUGUAAAGCUUGCCUUGAGAAAGAAACAGGAAACCCUUUGCUGUGUCCAGUUUGUAAUCGCGAGAUGCGCACGAUAGAGAUUAACUCUGCAAUGGACCCAAAACUACAGGAACUGUUCAAGCCACCUAAGAAGCUUAUCCAGGAGAAAAUGGCUGCACUGAAGAAAAAGUACGACUUUCAGCAAAUGCUUGUUAAAAGCCUUCUAGAACAUCUGAAGAAGCAGCGUGAGAAACUAAGUCAACUAACAAAGUAUUGCCAGAAGCAGACACAGAUCUCCAAAGAACAAGCGAAGGAGAUGGACGAGUUAAAGGAAUGGGUGAGAACUGCCGAAAUUAAAAUGAAAGAAAGUGAAGAAGAUAAAGCCAACUUAAGAAAAGAAUUAGAGGGCAUGAGGAAGUUGUAUGAAAGAUUUGCCAAAGACGGUGGUUACGACUCUAGCAUAGACAAGAUUUUCGCCGUUGCUGGAGAUUCCCGCACUAAUGACACUGAAUCAAUGUCAAAUCUUUCGUUCACCGGAGUGUUCGGCUGUGGAUCAAAAACUGAGAUUCCUUCCUUCCUGCGAACGAACUCGGAGGCUGAUGGUAUAAACAGCAGUUUGGGUUCAUUUGGGUGCAAUUUAGAAGUCAGCCCACAAAUGUCUGCGAACGGCAGCGUGGCAUCGGAGCUAACGACGCCAAAAAUGCUAGGCCUCCAGAAGAAGGGAUUCUGCCAUUCAGAAGGAAACUUACACUCUUCAAAAAGAACUCCAUCCAAUAUGGAUACCCAAAAUCCCUACGCAGAGAUCUUCAAUCGCUCUUCAUCAUUACAUAGGUACAAUGAUGGGAACUACAGGGUCAAAAAGGGUUCACCUUCCUCUGGUAGAUGUAAUUUUCCUCGCUUGCAGUCGAAAUCUCCCACCACGUCAGGUUACGUCACGCAAGGCAAAAUCAUCCCACGUGUUAACACUCCUUCCGGAAUGCCAGUGAACAAGUUCUAG